AUGGCGACCGGUUUGCUGACGUACGAAGAGUUCGUGCGGAACGCCAGAGACCUGGUGGUCAUGUCGGACAGACUGGGAGACGGCUGGGAGCUGCGUCACGUGAGACAGACUGACGGGCCCGAGGAGACGGCAUUCCUAGUCAAAAGGAUUUGCGUGGCUAUCGCAGAAGAGUCCCCGGUGGACCCCGAGACCCCGCGAGAUGUGGGGGAACCGGAGAAUAUCGAGGACGAGGACCCUGCGACGCUCCAUUGUCGGGGGACCGGAAAAUUGUCUGAGAAGACGGUGCAGUUCGAGUAUCACGUGAUCUACAGUCCGUCCUACCAAGUCCCCGUUCUGUUCUUCACGGCCACGUUCCAUUCCGGGAGACUAGUUCCACUGAAGGAGAUCUGGAAGUUCCUGUCUCCAUUCCAUGUCACCAGGGAUUCUGGAAUGGAAUGGGAGUCGGUCACACAACAGGAGCAUCCAAUAUUUGGUCGGCCAUUUUACCACUUACACCCCUGCCACACCUCCAACGUCAUGGCAACCAUACUCACAGCAAACAAACAUGAAAGAGGAGACAGAGACAUAAAGAACUAUCUGCUUAGUUGGUUAACCAUAUUUGGUCCUACCAUUGGACUCAACGUGCUGAUCGAUUACCUCAAAAUCGAUUCAAAAACGUAA